CCUCACGCUGCUUAUGCUUUUUGUACUCUGUCUGCUGGUACUAACUAACAACACCUCCAAAUGAAAAACCCAAAUUUAUCUUGAUGCUACUACUGUUUUCCUACUCAUUCUCCUUUCAUUAGGUUUAAGUUUAGUUUCCCCCUUUCAUCUUUAUCCACCAUGACACAACCUUCUUCUUUUUGUUGCAACAACUAAUGAAUGUUUCACCCAUUUACUUGAUAACUUUAUUCUUCCAUUUCUAACCUCUUCUCUAUCUGGGUUCCUUUCAAACAAAGGAAAAGACAAAACAUACCCAACCUUACCCAUUUUCAUAGUAAAGUGGACCCUCAGUUUAUCAUAAUCUUAAUCGAUUGUGAUUUAUCAACUUUUUUUGUCGUUUAGCAAAAAGGGUUUUCUUCCUUUUUUCUAUCUUUCACCAUCAAGAUGAGUUUAAGAACAACCCAACAAGAUGAUUCAUCUUCAGAAAUUCACAUACCAGCUGAAAUUGAUUGGCACAUGCUUGAUAAAUCUAAGUUUUUCUUCCUUGGCGCCGCCUUAUUCUCCGGUGUUUCAGCAGCCCUUUAUCCAAUGGUUGUGUUGAAAACUCGACAACAGGUUUCUUCUUCACACUACUCUUGUAUCAACAUGUCAUGUGCUAUUAUGCGUUACGAAGGUUUUAGAGGUUUUUAUAAAGGUUUUGGUACUUCUUUAAUGGGUACUAUCCCUGCUAGAGCACUUUAUAUGACAGCACUUGAAGUUACUAAGAGUAACGUUGGUACUGCUUUUGUUGAAUUGGGUUUUUCUGAUAAUACUGCUACUGCUGUGGCUAGUGCUGCUGCUGGUGUUGCUUCUGCUAUGUCCGCGCAAUUGGUUUGGACACCAAUUGAUGUUGUUAGUCAAAGACUUAUGGUUCAAGGUAGUUGUAAUAGUGGAGGGAAGAGUAUUUUGUCUAAUCUUAACUCUGAGAAUUAUAGAAAUGGUUUUGAUGUGUUUAGGAAAAUUCUUUGUGCUGAUGGACCAAGAGGGUUUUAUAGAGGAUUUGGGAUUUCAAUUUUGACUUAUGCACCUUCUAAUGCUGUUUGGUGGACUUCUUAUAGUAUGGUUCAUAGGUUUAUUUGGAGUAGUUUUGGUUCAUGUUUGGGUAAUAGGGAACAAAAUUUGGAUAAUGGGUGUGUUGGUUUUAGGCCUAAUUCUAAGGCAGUGGUGGGUGUACAAGGUUUGAGUGCUGUUGUGGCAAGUGGGGUUUCUGCAAUUGUAACAAUGCCUUUUGAUACAAUUAAGACUAGGUUGCAGGUUUUGGAUACAGAGGAGAAUGGUAGAAGGAGGCCUUUAACUUUUGUGCAAACAGUUAGGAAUUUGGUGAAUGAAGGUGGUUUGUUUGCUUGUUACAGAGGAUUGGGACCAAGGUGGGUUUCAAUGUCUAUGUCUGCUACCACUAUGAUUACUACUUACGAGUUUUUGAAACGCAUGUCUACAAAGAGGCAAGAUUGAUUCAAUUUACUUUUAUUUUAUGAUAUAUGUACAUAUGAUGAUGGUUUCAAAUUGCGAUUGCAAAUGCAGUUACAUUCCGGUCAUAAUUUUAGUUGCAGGACACAAUUUCAAACUAUGCAAAGGACUAUAGGAAUUAGGAUUAAGAUCGUUUUUUCUUUCUUUUGGAAUGUUCUUUCUAAAUUUUAGUAUGUUAUGUUCUGCUGUUGAUAUGAUGGAUGAGCUUGUAUAUUCUUCAACUCUUUUGCUUUUCUAAUAUAAAGUUACCAUAGGUGUUUCCUAUAA